AUGGGUAGUGGAGCUACUAAACGUGAAAUAUUGGAGAAAAAAUUGGAGAAAAGGCUGCAGGAUCCAAAAACAGAACCAUUAAUAUCUUUGCCUCUAGAUUUUUUGGAAGACAUCACAUGCGGUUUUUUCACUGAACGAGAACUUGGCAGGGGUGUGUGUGGAGUCGUAUACAAGGGGGUUCUCCGGAGCGGCAAAGCUAUUGCUGUAAAGAAGAUUUUUGAUACACAUCUGCUGGGCAAUGAUAAUCAAGUCAAGAAUGAGAUCCUUUGUCUUACGGAGGUCAAGCACCAAAAUGUCGUACAACUUGUUGGUUACUGUGUCGAAACCAAGUUGGAAGUGGUGGAACAUAGUGGGAAACAUGUUAUGGCUGAAAAACAUGCAUGUUUGCUGUGCUUUGAAUUUCUCUGCAAUGGAAGCCUUUACAAGCACCUUUCUGGUGGUUGGAAGUUGGAGGAACAGACUUAG